UGCACGGAGAGAGCAGUCGGCAUGGCAUCGCGGAUGGAGGCCAGCAUAGAGAACAUUAUCAACACCUUCCAUCAGUACUCCACCAGGCUGAAGCACCCGGACACCCUGAACUACGCUGAGUUCAAAGACCUGGUCAAAAAGGAGCUGCCGAACUUCCUCAAGCAAAAGAACAGGGACGAGGCCGCCCUCAAAGACAUCAUGGAGGACCUGGAUACGAAUGCAGACAAGCAGCUGAGCUUCGAGGAGUUCACCAUGUUGGUGGCAAAGUUGGUUGUCGCCUCCCAUGAGGAGAUGCACAAGAACACUCCCAAAGGGCCUGGCCACAGCCAUGGGCCGGGGCUCGGGGAGGCGCGUCAAGGCCAUGGACGUGGCCAUUGCCACUAAUCAGGAACCAGCCCACGGCCCUGCUCAACUGAGGCUCCAGGACCACCUACCACGUGCCUGAGUUACGGGCUGAGGGGUCAAGUGAUGGGGGCCAAAA